CACCCAGAGCUGAAUAUGUUCACCGUGGAAAUUAACCCUGUCUCUGAUUCUGGAUGGUUUUGGUGUGUAGCAGAAAUUGAUAGUAACCCAGAUGACCAUGAUUAUUUGUACCUGACAGUUAGUGAAGAUCCUGAUCUGUCUGUAGUGAAGAGCAGAGUGAGCGGUAGUGUCACAGUCCAGUGUCUCUACAGUGCUGCGUAUAGGGAGAAACAGAAGCAGUGGUGUAGAUUCAAAGACAGAAGCUGCAACACAGUGGGGAAGACUGACACAUCCCAGAAUUCAGCAGUGCACAUCAGUGAUAAUGAGAGAUCCUUCAGUGUGGAGAUGAGAGGACUGAAGAAGAGUGAUGCUGGAUGGUACUGGUGCAGUGCAGGAGAUCUGCAGGUUCCUGUUCACCUCAGUGUUGACAUGGCUGAACCCAGAGAUCCUGAUCUGUCUGUAGUGAAGAGCAGAGUAAGCGGUGCGGAAGGUGGCAGUGUCACAGUCCAGUGUCUCUACAGUGCUGCGUAUAGGAAUACACAGAAGUACUGGUGCAGAUUCAAAGACGGAAGCUGCAACACAGUGGGGAAGACUGGCACAUCCCAGAAUUCAGCAGUGCACAUCAGUGAUAAUAAGAGAUCCUUCAGUGUGGAGAUGAGAGGACUGAAGAAGAGUGAUGCUGGAUGGUACUGGUGCAGUGCAGGAGAUCUGCAGGUUCCUGUUCACAUCAGUGUUGGUGAUGAAGCUCCAGGUCUGCCCGAACACCAACAGGAUCAUGAACCAUUAAGCGGUUCACCUGUGAUGGCCCUUUGCAUCAUCUUUGGACUCUUGUUAGUUCUUGUGUUGCUUGGUUGGGUUAUCUGGAAGUAUAAAAAAAAUCACAUUAGACUCUUCAUCACAGACAAAAGAUGUAAUCACAGUCUGGGUCUGAAGAUUCCCCGUCAUAAUGCAGUGACGUAUGGCCGUGGAGUGAAUGGACAAUGCACGGCCUCAUCAGCUCCUGAGCCAGACGUGACCUACAGUGCAGUCAAAAUCUCCCCUCAUCCAUCAGUCCCUCCAGUUCCCCGUAAUGACGAUGUCAUCUACAGCUCAGUGAAACAUCAGUAAUGAGAAGCUACCGAAAAAAGCACCUGCACUGGAAAUUCUUGGCAAGCAGCAGUGAGACUAUGUUCCCUAUUUGUGUUACUCCAUCCACAGUCUGGAAUCAUUUACUAUUUACAACUACUGUUCAGUUUACUCUUUCCUAAUCGUAGAGUUCUCUUUUUACAUCAGCAGAAACAUGUGCCUGUGUUGGAGGAAGCUAUCUGCCUUGUUUAGUGGACAGUAGAACGUUUUGACAUGCACGUCUUACAGAAGUGUGGGUGUCAAGGUGUGUGUGUGUGUGUGUGUGUGUGUGUAUUGAUCAAAUAUUAGAUAGGAUUAUAUACUUUCUACAAAUAUAGUCCUUAUUAUAUAAUAUUUACUAUUAUAUCAAAACCUGUUUUUUUUUUAAUCCCAGUAAAUAUGCAUGUAAUCAACACAGCCAAUGUAUAUACAGAGUCAGUGGUUAAGGCAGUGAACUACGGUUCAGAAGGUCCCAGGUUCAAACAUCCCACGACCACCAAGUUGUCCCUGUUGGGCCCUUGUGCGAGGCCCUUAACCCUCAACUGCUCAGAUGUACAGAAUAAUGGAAUAAAAAUGUAAACCGCUCUUGAUAAGGGCAUCUGCUAAAUGUAAAUGUAAAUAUAACUAGUGUUUGCUCGCAAUCAAUUUUACAAAUAAACAAUUGUAUUUGUUAAAUCUAUAA